AUGGAGGGUGCGGAGCCGGAGCUGGAGGUUGCAGCGGCGGAGACGCCGGCUGAGGAUCCGGCCGUCGCCGAUGUCGACGACGCGGCGAAUGCCGUCAACGACGAGGCGACAGAGCAGGCUGCCGAUGCCGCGCCGGAGGAUGCGCCGGCGACGGAGGCUUCCCCCGACGACGAGCCCGCUCCUGCACCGCAAGAGGAGGAGGAGGAGGAUCGACCGCCCGAGCCCGCCGAAGGACCCGAUGAGCCCGCCGGGCCCGCGCCCGAACCGCCGCGGGCACCCGAUGCCGGUCCCCGCGUGGACUACGGCGUCGGCGACAGGGUCAUGGCCCUCGCCAACUUCGACGGGGGCUAUCACGCCGCCACCGUCGUCGAACGACAGAGGGUGGACAGGGACAGGGAUAAAUCAUCAGCCGACGGUGACUCACCCGACGCAUCCGGCGGCGGCGGCGGCGGCGGACCGGGAGGAUCACACGCCCCCGGAACCCCCGUUCGAUACUACGUGCACUUCGAGCGCUUCCCGAAGCGAUGCGACCAGUGGGUGACGCCCGAGCGGGUUCGGCCUUGGACCGCGAGCGACGGCGAUUUCGACACAGCUGGCGACGGGGCCGACGAUCCCGACGUGGGCUCCGGUCUCGCGCCCGACGUCGUCGAGAAGAGGCCUUCGAGGGCGGGCGGCUUGGAGGCGGACCGUAAGCUGACGCGGACGCGGAAGAGGAGGAUGAACGAGAUGAACCACGUGGAGCGCGCGCCGGAGGACAUGGCGCCGCUGGAGCGGCUCAUCGAGGAGGAGCACGAGCAGAAGACGCGGGUGAAGAACGUGGAGAUGAUCGAGAUGGGUAGGUACGAGAUCGACUGCUGGUACUACUCGCCCUACCCGGACGACUUCGUCCAGAACGGUAAGCUGUUCGUGUGCGAGCGGUGCCUGAAGUACAUGAAGCGGAAGAAGACGCUGGUGCGGCACAGGGAGAAGGGGUGCGCCAUGGCGCAUCCGCCCGGGGAUGAGAUCUAUCGCCAUCCUCCCGCGGUGGACCCCGGCACCGGCGCGGAGACCCGCCCGAGGUUGAGCAUGUACGAGGUGGACGGCGGGAAGGCGGGGGUGUACUGCCAGAACCUGUGCCUGCUCUCGAAGCUGUUCCUGGACCACAAGACGCUGUAUUACGACGUGGAGCCGUUUCUGUUUUACGUGCUGUGCGAGGUUGACGCCAAGGGCCACCACGUGGUUGGGUACUUCAGCAAGGAGAAGUACACGCGCGAGAGCUACAACCUGGCGUGCAUCCUGACGCUGCCGCCGUACCAGCGCAAAGGAUAUGGCAAGUUUCUGAUUCAGUUCUCGUACGAGCUGAGCAAGCGGGAGGGACAGGCCGGGACCCCCGAGCGGCCGUUAUCCGACCUCGGGCAGGUGUCCUAUCGGAGGUACUGGUCGAGGGCCAUCUUGGAGGUCAUAUGGGAGCACCGGGGUAAGAUCUCCGUCGCCGACAUAUCCAAGGAGACGGCCAUCGCCCUCGACGACAUCGUCAGCACGCUCCAGUCUCACGGUCUCGUGAAGUACUACCGCGGAAAUUACAUGGUGUCGGCGUCGAGUCCGCGGCAUCUGGAGGAGAUCGUCGUCGCGUGGUGCCCUUGGGUGCUCAGGGACGGCGGCAAGGGGAAAGGAGCGCGGGGCGACGGCGAGGCGAGGGGCGGUGACGGAGGACUCGCGGUCGAUCCGGAGUACUUGUACUGGUCGCCGGAUCCCGAUCGGUUGCCCAUACACGCCAGCCGAAGGGCUCGUCAGGCGGCCACCGGGUCACCGGUGGGAUGGUGA